UUAAUUAAAUAAUUUCCCACAAGGAAUUAAAUUAUCAGCCCAAAGAUUUAUUUUAACCUGGCCCAAGUUCUUAUUUUAUUUUCCAGGCCCAACUAAUUAUUUCACCCACCUUAAAACUUCUAAAGCCUAAAGAAAUUUAAAUGAAGCCCAUACUUUAAUAAUUCAUCCAAUUCCAAUUAAUGAGGCCCAAUUCCUAAAAGAAAACAAAAGGCCCAAAAUUAAUUAUACUCCCCCAUUCUCCCUCACGCCUAUCUCUCUCUCUUCUUCUCCCUCUCUCUUCUUCUCUCUCUCUUCGGCUAAGCUGGGAAUUUCCCAGAAUCCGUCGCCGUUUCCCAUCUCACCAGCCACCGCUGCCGUUGUAUAGUCGCCUCGCCGGAGCUGGCUACUGAUCCUUUGAUUUCGCCGGAGAUGGCCACUGAUAUCAGCGAUUUCGCCGCCGAUUCGUCGUCAUCGUCCAGCCACUGCAGCCGCUGCUCCGUCGCCGCAGGAAGACGCGGCUGUCGUCACCGGAAGCCGCGACGCCACUGCCGUCGUUGCUGCGCAGUCACCUCACCGGGAAGACGCUGCUCCCGUGCGUCCAGACCCCUCACCAUUGCGUCGACCCCCACGCCGGCGGCCUCUGCUCGUCGGUCAGCUACUGCUCGCCCCUCCGUCGCACGCCGUGUGGGGUCACCACUGACGUACAGCAGCGCCGAGUCCGGUGCGUGCUGUCGCUGCCUGUUGUUGCUGUCCGGUGGCUGCUCGAUGGUCCCCGAACAGCUCCAAAACGACACCGCGCAGCCCCGAAACCAACCCGAACCACCCCGCAAAGUUAUGAUAUGCACAAACUCUAGGCUAUUGCAGAGGAAAUUGAUAUACCUUUGUAGAUUGGGAACGAAUUGGCAUGAAAAAGAGGUAUAAUCGGUUCAAGUCCGUGGCUGUCCGCGCUGAAGUACCCGAUUUUCUUAGAACGCAGGAUGUAUAAAUUAAAUUUUGUUGGACUUUUGUUGGAUGUAUCGGACAUCAAGAUUUUGAAUUUUGGGAUCUUAUUUAUUUAUUUAUUUAUUUAAGUUUAUUAUAUUCA